AUGGAGGCUACGGCCGGAUGCAGAUCAUGGCCAGCUCCAUUUUUGGACCGCCGAGACUUUGCAUCGUGGGAAGAUUUCUGUGCAUACAUUGAAGAAUAUGAAAGACAUACGCAUCAGUCAUUUUAUCAACAAAGUCAUACAUCCGUGAAGACACGCAACCAGGUGCUAGCAUCAUUUGCGGCCAUCGGUCAACCACUUCCCACUCAUCUUUUACCCGAAAGGUUUCAAGACUAUAUGAGAGUUCUACAGUGUGCACAUAAAAUUCGAGAGGGGGAGGCACGACUCCAUACGCAUUGGAAUGAAGAAGGGCCAGCUGAGUGCCAAGCUAAAAUAAGUGCGACGCUGCAGCUUGUUGAGAACGGAAACUAUCGUGUUCGUGUCACAAAAAUGAAUUUACAUCACAAUCAUCCGAUCACUAGAACGGCGACUUCUGCACCUGCAGCUCCUCCUCAGUCGAAUGCAGUCGUGUACGAGAUGCCUUCGGCAAAAAGGCAGCGUAUGGAUCACUCUCGAUCGUAUUUGGAGUCUGAUGAUUCCAGACAUUCGACACAAUCGAGUCUAGAUAAACCUCACGUACCGACGAUGGCAGACAUGCGAACGUUUCUACAGCACGUUAAAAUGCGUGUAGACCAGCGCAAUAGCCUGCAGUCAGUGGAAGAACGUUUGUUUACGUAUGUUAAUGAGUUUGCCGCAAUAAAUGGCAAUGCGGCCCGAAUCUUCAUUGACGAUGAGAAGGUUUUAUCCAGUAUCACGCUUCAAACGGAGCACAUGCGCAAAGUAUUCGAGGCAUUUCCAGAAGUGCUACGUGUAGAUAUUAUGCCUCAAACGACGGAUAAUGAAGCCAAUACAAACCAUAGCAUGUUCUCGCUUAUGGCGCACGACGUGCUUGGCAGAUGGCAGUACGUACAACAUGCUAUUGUGGAAAGCGACCGAACCGAGAUUCUUCAAACUGUUCUUGAUCAAUUCAAAGAAAACAAUGCACUUCAUUUACUAUUGAGCUUUCCAAACGCUCGUGUGUUAUACACACAGUUUCACGUCCUACGUGAGCUUCAUAAGGCGAUUGCAGAUCAUGGACAAGAUUUGACUUCAUGGCACCGAGACCGUCUUACGAGUAUCACUCAGGCACUGGUUUACGCGCCCACUGCACUCGUUUACGACGCAGAGGUUGCUACAAUGGCUGACGUGCUCGGGUCAAAGCAUCAUCCAUUCUAUCGCUAUUUUCUUAUGGUCUGGGACACGUGUCGCGAUUGUUGGACAACGUUUGCUCGUCAAGAUGUGACAACUUUUACCAUCUCAGAAAUUGACGGUCAGUUUGCUUCUACUUGGAAAGAGAUUUUUGCUGCAGUGAACGAUGACAUGGCUUUGGAUGAGACGGUAAUGGCGAUUCGGUACUUUCAGUCAAUAGUAGAGCGUACUUUUAUGCGUGACUUGAAGUCAGAAGUGUCUAAUUCGAGUCGGGCUGCUGUUCGAAGUGGUUGUGGUAAUGAGGAUUAUGACGCGGAAAUGCGACUUUUGGCUGCUGCAGUCAGUCCUUCCGUAAGUAGCUUGGUGUACCCACAGUACCGCUUUGCCAUGUCAAGAGGCGUUUAUCAAUUUGCUGAGCCAACUCGCGGAAAUUUCUUUGUAUCCGCUGUCUCGCCCAAUGGAGUUUUCUCUGACGAGCCAACAAAAGAAUUCUUAGUUGUGACGAAAAAAGGAUGGCAAUGUUCAUGUGCCUUUAUGAAGAACCAUCACUUGCCGUGUCGUCAUGUCUUUUACAUUCGUCGCAUCAUUCGCUGUAGCACUUUAGUCCCGAUGGAGCACAUUGAGCCUCGCUGGAUACUUGCGAUGGCCAAAACUUUUUUUGAAUUGCCUUUUGACAGCAAAUCACGUUUAGCUUUAGCUGAUAGGAUGGCUAAAAGCAUGAAGAAUGAUGAAGAUUCCCGCUCCGUAAUUCCUCCACCGGGAGCGUGGCGUAACUUUAUGGCAGCACAGGAAGUGGGGAAGCGCAUUAGUCAGCGAAUGAUGGAAAUGGAUCCAGUCGAAUUUGAUCGUGCAUUACGUUUUUACAAGCUCGUCGAGUCAACGUUGAAUGUCCGUCCGUUUAACUUGAAUGCCGGUGUAAUAGCACGACUAAAAAGUCAGCCUGGAGGGAUUCCAAGCACACCACCCGUCCGACCUCAUUAUGUCGAGCCAGAAACAACAAGAAGCUUAGCACCUCCCGGUGGUCUUCCCGAUACAUCAAAUGAAUCAAAUUCUUCCACUGAUUCUACGGUAAUUACAGUGAGGAAUAUGCGGUUGGCACAAUCUAGUAAUCGCCCUGUCCCGAAAUCGAAGCCGUUAGAUGUGAUAGAUCUUCAAGACGAUUCUGAGGAUGAGAAGAAUGACAAGAAAAAGUCUAACGGAUGGAGACAUCAAGGUUACGCUGUGGUGACGAAGAUGAUCCGAAGUCAAAGUACCCCAGAGACGAGUCGUAUGAGUAAUACGAUGGCGACAACACAGACGAGACCAAACCAUGUCGACUCAACAAAACGUGGGGAAAGAAGCCAGAUAGGCUUGCAAGCGCCUGGUAGUGGCACUUCACCGUCGCUAGAUCGACAACGUUAUGGAUCGUAA